UCACCAGACUCCGCCAUCUCUUCGACUUCACUCAGCAGCACAUCCCUAUACAUGGGUUUUGCAGCAUUCCUCGUUCAAAUUUGCCUGUUAUGACGCGAUUAAGCCAGGAUAUUUCGAUUCGGCUUUCUGUUACGCGAUGGACUCGGUUAGAGAGUAGUGGGACGUGGGGGUAUUUUAUUAUCUCUCAGACCGUGAUGAUGACGAUGAUGAUGUUAAUGACAUUAUGGAUGGAUUACCUGGAGGGAGAGGAGGCGAGGUUCUAUAGACAGAAGCUAUGCAAGACGGCUGAUAGCUAUUUAUAUAUAUCAAGUAGUUCAGAUAUCAUUCUAUCUAUCAUCUAUCUAUCUAUCUAUACGCUAUCUACGGACCCCAAAACAUCGAUACGGACUCCAUCCUAGCGAGCUUACUAGCUAUCCACCCAACGAACUGCUCUUAUCCACUCAAACACACCCCAUUAUUCAUCCAUCCAAUUCGGCUCGGUUCGGGAUCCAGACCUCGAGAAUAAUGUCACACGGCACACCG